AUGAACGGACCAUAUGAAAACCUAGUAGACCUUGCCCAACACCCAGUACAACCAAUUAUUGUGUCAGUGGACGAACAAGGGGCAAUGCAUACAUGGACAACGCGGCACAAAGAAGAUUGGGUUAACUGGGACCCCGCCUUUACAGAAAUUCAUGACAAUAUAGUAUAUGAGGAAAGAGAAGAUGAAUUUGAUAUUGUGAACGAAGAAGUCCAGUCCGUACAAUAUAAUAAAAGUCAAAAGUUUGAAGACGAAGAUGAAGAAAUUGACGUUGUGACAAUUGAUAGGACAACACGAUCAGACUCGUCUGAUUAUGAAGACGAAUUCAUUAAUCUAUAUGAUUCCGAG